UACGUCAGCACUAGCAAAGAUGGCGGUGUCCAUACAUCGGGAGCGCAGGUGUACGGUUGCCGGUUUGUUUUGGGUAUUCCUUGUUCCCUUCCUGAGCCUUGCGGCGGCGGAGGACGGACAGGAGACCCAAAGCCCUCCACACCGUAGGUUCGAGUAUAAAUAUAGUUUCAAAGGACCGUACUUGGUGCAGAGUGAUGGCUCAGUACCCUUCUGGACCUACACUGGUAAUGCGAUUCCAGGUUCUGAUCAGAUUAGGAUAACCCCAUCUUUAAAAAGCCAGAAGGGUUCUGUAUGGACGAAAACCGCCCCAAGCUUCGAGAACUGGGAGGUGGAGGUAACGUUUCGGGUGACGGGACGCGGCAGGAUAGGAGCUGAUGGCUUGGCCAUUUGGUACGCCGCGGACCAAGGACUGGACGGAAAUGUGUACGGAGCGGCAGAUUCCUGGAACGGCGUUGGCGUUUUCUUUGAUUCCUUUGACAACGAUGGAAAGAAAAACAAUCCUAUGAUUCUGGUUGUGGGCAACAAUGGAAAACUUACCUAUGACCACCAGAAUGAUGGCUCCACACAAGCGCUUUCUUCUUGUCAAAGAGAUUUCCGAAAUAAGCCUUACCCUGUUCGCGCAAAAAUCACAUACUAUAAAAAGACAUUAACAGUAUUUAUUAACAAUGGGUUUACUCCUGAUAAGGAAGACUACGAGUUUUGUGCCAAAGUGGAGAACAUGAUUCUUCCCAAACAAGGUUUCUUUGGAAUAUCGGCAGCUACCGGAGGCCUGGCAGAUGACCAUGAUGUCCUGUCGUUCUUGACCUUCCAAUUAACUGAACCUGGAAAGGAGGCACCCACUCCAGAUGGAGAGAUCCCGAAGGAAGAAAAGGACAAGUACCAAGAAGAGUUUGAGAACUUUCAACAAGAGCUGGAUAAGAGGAAAGAGGAGUUCCAGAAGGACCACCCAGAUGCGCAGGAACACCCAGUCGAUGAUAUGUAUGAGUCUGUGAACGAUCGGGAACUGAGGCAGAUUUUUGAAGGGCAGAACCGCAUCCAUCUUGAGAUCAAGCAGCUUAACCGGCAGCUGGAUAUGAUUUUGGACGAGCAAAGAAGAUACGUGACUGCGGUGACCGACGACAUCGCCAAGAGAGGAGCGAGCGCUCCAGGGCUGCAUGAACAGGUUUCUCAGCAGGAACUGGAGUCUUUACAGAAUGCCCAGAGGGAUGUUUUAAAGCAAAUCAGUGAAAUGAGGAGCUCAAUGAGUGAAACUUUACGUCUUGCGAGUGGAAAUCAGCAUUUGGGCUCCGCUGGCUACGAGACCACGCAGCACUUCAAUGAUAUCAAGGAGCAUCUUCAUGUAGUGAAGAGGGACAUCGAACAUCUAGUGCAAAAGAAUCUGCCACAUGAAAAGCAAAAAUGCCCAGAGUUGCCUCAGUUUCCCUCUUGUUUAUCCACAACACACUUCUUUGUGUUUGUAGCCGUGCAAACAGUGUUAUUCAUCGGUUACAUUAUGUACAGGAGUCAGCAAGAAGCAGCCGCUAAGAAGUUCUUUUGAUGACCUGUUACAUCGUGUGUUCCGGACACACACGGCACAUGUUUGUACCAGAGGGACUUUUUUAUCGCUGCAAAGCGCCGCUAGAUUAAGUUAUUGAAUUUUUGGGGAACCCAAAUUAACAUUUUGUUGAUGGACGCCAACAGAAAUGGGAAGAGAGGAAACAUUUUUACCUAUUUUUUUAAAAAGGAGCUUUGUUUUAAGCCGGGUGUAGCUUAUUUGCUGGUCUGUAUUAAAAUUGUCUCCCUUUCACUCAGGGCUAUUUUUUUUUCCA